AGCCCAGGUGGGAGGAAUUAGAGCGGCCUAGGAUGCCCUUACUCAAGAUGGCGGCGCAAAGCUCGCGCUUGGUCCCGACAGGCGGCGCGCCCGUUUACGCUGCAUGUGCGGCCCUGCGCUCUGGGGGGCGGGUCCACAGCGGUAGGGGCACGCGCGGCCUGCGGCCCAGUCUGAAGUCUGGGGCGCCGCGGCUGCCGCUCACGUCAUCGUCACCACUCCUGGACAGUGGAGGGGAAGAUGGAGCCGGCCGCCGUCGCUACCGACAGCGGGGACCGGCCGGGGGCCCCGGUUGGUUCAGGCUUGUCGGCUUCCCAGCGUCGGGCGGAGCUGCGGCGGAGAAAGCUGCUCAUGAACUCGGAACAGCGCAUCAACCGAAUCAUGGGCUUUCAUAGGCCUGGGAGCAGCGCGGAAGAAGAAAGUCAAACAAAAUCAAAACAGCAGGACAGUGAUAAACUGAACUCCCUCACCAUUCCUUCGGUUUCAAAGCGAGUAGUGCUGGGUGAUUCAGUCAGUACAGGACCGACUGACCACAGUGGAGUGGCCGAGGUAAAGGGAACUCAGCUGGGAGACAAACUGGACUCUUUCAUUAGCCCUUCUGAGUGCAGUAAUGAUAUAAGCCUUGAGCUCCGGCAGCGGAACAGAGGGGACCUGACAGCCGACUCUGUCCAGAGGGGUUCUCACCACGGCCUGGAACAGUACCUCUCCAGAUUUGAAGAAGCAAUGAAGCUAAGGAAACAGCUGAUUAGUGAAAAGCCCAGUCAAGAAGAUGGAAAUACAACAGAAGAAUUUGACUCUUUUCGAAUAUUUAGAUUGGUGGGCUGUGCUCUUCUUGCCUUUGGAGUUAGAGCUUUUGUCUGCAAAUAUUUGUCCAUAUUUGCUCCAUUUCUUACUUUACAACUUGCAUACAUGGGACUAUACAAAUAUUUUCCCAAGAGUGAAAAGAAGAUAAAGACAACAGUACUAACAGCUGCACUUCUAUUAUCUGGAAUUCCUGCUGAAGUGAUAAAUCGAUCAAUGGAUACUUACAGCAAAAUGGGCGAAGUUUUCACAGAUCUCUGUGUCUACUUUUUUACUUUUAUCUUUUGUCAUGAACUGCUUGAUUAUUGGGGCUCUGAGGUACCAUGACGCCUGCAGAACUCAGCAAGAAAAGCUUACAAAAAAUAAUUUCUAUAUUACAGUGUCUUUAAAGGAAGAAUAUUGGUUUACACCUUCAUGUAAUUCUUUUACUUUUUGGAUUUGUAAGACCACUUGAUUAGGAAUGGAGUGACUGGUUACCUGACUAGAAAGGAUUGAGUUUGUAUUAAUACUGAUGCAAUGAUUAGAAUACCAGUGUCAGUAAUUGAUUUUUCUUGUUUGAUUAGAAUUCCUAGUCUACAUUUUUUCCUAACUUCUUGGAUUUGUGAUUUAUCUUUUGGGAGCUGAGCUUGUGCUUAAGAGGGCAGAUGAAUGUGGUCUCAGCUGGUCCCAAGAACUGCUUCUUGUAUUUGUAUUGUUUUGUCCUAAGAAAUGGAGCCAUCUUAAAAAUAAAAUGGAAGAACUCAAA